CGGAGUGAUUCAUUUUUUUCAAACAGAUGAGGAACAAAUAAUUAAAAUCAUGAAAUUUCAUUCAGAAAAAAAAUUUUUAACAUAAUUUACAUCAUAUUAAAAUAGAAUAAUAUAAAGCUUGAAUUGAAAUAUAAAAAAUUUUAAAUUUAAUUUAUGUAGAAAAUUUUUUAUUUCAAUUUAUUGACCGGAGAAAUUUUUUUUUUUUUUGAAAGUGGAAUUUAGAUAAAAAUUGGCAUAUAUUAAUUAUAUACAUAUGAUUCGUAAUAAUUUAUAAGUGAGAAAUGAUUUUUUUUUUUUAAUUAAAAUGGCAAUAAAAUUAUACAUUUAAAUAAAUAAAUUUUUUAAUUUAAAUAAAAAAUGAUAUUUAAUUUUACACUAAAAUUUUUACAAAAAUAAAUUUAAUUAUACAAAUAUAAUUAAAUAUUAUAAUAAUAAGGAAAAAAAAAUAAUUUUCCAUAAAAAGUGUAUAGAUAAUUCUUGAGUUUUCGGCGCGAAAAAUUUCACUCGCCCCGAAAAAAAUUUAUAGUUGCCCUAAAAAAUUCUUUGCGUUAUGAAUUGAAAAGGAAAAUUUUCUUCAGGCGAUACAAAAUUUUCUUAAGUCAAGAAAUAAUUUUUUGAAGUGAGAAAUUUGAAGUAAAAAAUUUAUUGACAAGAAGUUUUUUGUCUUCAUUUUAUAAUGAACAUUUUUUUUCGUCAAAAAAUCCUUUUUUUCUGUGUACUUUUGCAUUUUUAUCAUAUAUUUUUUUUUUAAACAAAAAAACAGUAGCGCAUGUUCACAAAUGAAAUCGCAUGCGCGUGAUUGUUUAAUCAAAGACUUCACCCUCCAGGUCAUUGUAUAAACCGUCUUAAAUAACAACCGACAAUGUAUUUAGUUGAUAACGUAAUAUUCGUAAAGUGAAGGAAGAAUAAAUAAAAUAAAACUUGAAAAAACUAGUAAAUAAAAUAUUUAAAAAGCGUUAGAGUUGUCGGGUGCAAUGACAGCACUCACUAAUCGAUAAAAAUAAUGCGAGUAAAGUUCGUGAGAACUUUGUUGGUAUUGGCGUUACUCGGUAAUAUAAUUGUGUGGCAUAAGAUAUGGUGGUUAUUUACAUCACAAAAUACAUUGAAAACAUCAACGGGUACCACCGUCUCGGUGGACAAUCCCCAGAAACUUCAUCGGCGAUUAGCACGAUUAAUAACAAUAGUCAUACGACAAUUUGAAACAUUUGAAAAUGAUGUUGCGGCAACUGUAGACUCCGUCCUUAAUUCAUUUCCUGCCAUGCCCAUCCUUAUAGUUUGUAACGAAUUACCUUACCCGCCACUCGAGUUAAAUUUUUCAAAUGAUAGUUUAAAUAAUGUUAAAUUAAUAAAUUUACAACCGGAUUUCAAUAGAUCAUUCGAAGAUAGAAAUCCACUUUAUUUUAUACAAACUAAAUUCGUGUUAUUUCUACCUGAUGCUACAAGAAUGUCAACUAAACAGGCAUUACAGGAAGCUGUAUUACAUGCAACAGAAACAGGUGCUAUAGCAAUACCAGUUGGCAAAAAUAGUUUGAAUUGUUUAGAGUUACAUGUUAAACUAAAAGAAUGGAAUUUGCGUGUUACCAAAACAACUGGUACAACUUGUGACGCUAUUACUGGUAAACAUGCAACUUUAAUUGAUACAAAUGCAUUAAAAAAAUUAUCUGAUCCAUUCAUGUUACCGUUUUUGGAUGCAUUGUAUCUCCAAACAACUGUUGCUAAUAUCAAAAUCAAUAUGAUGAAGAAUCAUCAAUUGAAUGAUGGGAAACCAUUGUUCCGUAGUCAACAAUCGCAAUGGAAAUUACAACAGCUUCAUCAAAAACGUGAACGUAUAAUGUUUGAUAAAUUAGGAAUUAAAAAAGUAAUUCGAGCAUCUGGUACUGUUGAUUGGUACGGAUGUUCACGUGAUACACCACGUUGUUUUGGAUCAAUAGUUAAUGGUGUACCAUCGUAUUUAUAUCAAAAUCGUUUUACACCACCCUGUUGUCUCGCUGGUCUACGUAAAGUUGCGCAUCAUGUUUUUGACAAAUUAGAAGAAGUGGGGAUAAGAUUUUGGCUUGAGGGCAGUUCAUUGUUAGGUGCUAUGAAAAAUGGUGACAUACUACCAUGGGAUUAUCAGGUUGAAAUAGGUAUUAAUCGUGAUGAUCUAAAUCGUUCUCCGUGGUUAGUUAAAGCUCGUAAUAAACCAGUCACUGAUAAUCACGGUUUUGUUUGGGAAAAAGCGACUGAAGGUGAAUUUUAUAAAGUUCAAUAUUCUAAAAUAAACCGUUUACAUGUUAAUUUACUUCCAUUUUAUGUUAAAAAUGGUACAAUGACGCGGGAUUCUUGGUUUUUGAAGAAUCGCGAUUUUCCGGAACAAUUUUUGCAUCCAAUGUCGAGUAUUGAAUUCGCGGGUAGGCAAGUGCCUAGUCCUAAUAAUAUUAGGGAUUUUUUGGAAAUAAAAUAUUAUAAGGGUGUUGUCGAAAAUCCAGAACUGCCUGGUAAAUUAUUUAAUUAAUUAAUUAUUAGAUUUUAAUAAUCAUAGUAAUAAUUAAUUAUUAUUUUCAUUUUAUUCAAUCUCCAGUUAUUGACAUGGUAGAUUGUGUAGUAAAACUUGUUAUCGAUAACUAUUCCAUAAUUUUUUUAAAUAUUUAAUGUGUCAAGUUUAAUAUUACAUUAAUUAUUUACGGUCGAUGGUGCCAAUAAUAUUUAGUAAAGUAUGCAAUAGAAUGAUAUCAAUUUAUUAAUAUAUUGGUCAUUUUGCUGAGUUUAAAUAAAUAA